AUGUCCAAGAUGCCGGCCAAGAAGAAGAGCUGCUUCCAGAUCACCAGUGUCACCACGGCGCAGGUGGCCAGCAGCAUCACUGAGGACACGGAGAGCUUGGACGACCCGGACGAGUCCCACACCGAGGACGUGUCCUCCGAGAUCUUCGACGUCUCCCGAGCCACGGACUACGGCCCGGAGGAGGUGUGCGAGCGCAGCUCGUCCGAAGAGACCCUCAACAACGUGGGCGACGCCGAGACCCCCGGCACCGUGUCGCCCAACCUCGUCCUCGACGGGCAGUUGGCCGCGGCCGCGGCGGCGGGGGCGGGGGCCCCCGCCAACGGGGGAGGAGCUGUUGGUCCCCGGAACGCGGCCGCCCCCCCGGGCCCCGCGGCUUCGGCGCCGGCCGGCGGCGGCCCCCACGCGUCCGUCUCGGCCGCGGGGCUGAUCACCGGGGCCGUUUCUCAGACCACGACCACCUGUAGUUCCCGCUUUCGGGUCAUCAAGCUGGACCACGGCUCCGGGGAGCCCUAUAGACGCGGGCGAUGGACGUGCAUGGAGUACUAUGACCGGGACUCGGACAGCGUCGUCCUCAGCAGGACCGGCGACUGCAUCCGGCACAGCACCACCACCUUCGAGCCCAGCGCCGACAGGGACAGUGGCCUGGGCGCCACCGGGGGCUCCGUGGUGGUGGUUGCGGCCGCUCAGGCCGCGCAGGGCUCCGACCCCGGCGGGGACGGCUCUCUGACCGCCGUGACCCAGGCCCCGCCGACGGAGAAGGUGAACCCGCCGCCCGCGCCCCAGUCCCAGCAUCUGGUCAUCGGGCAGCCGCCCGUAGGCGGGGCUGCGCCCCCGGCGCCGGCCCAGCCGCUCUAUUCCGGGCCGGCUGGCCAGCCCGCCGCGGGGCCCCCGCAGCAGAGCCCGCCCCCCGGGACCGCGCCCACAGUGCUCUCGGGGGGACACAACAGCAAAGGCCCGCAGCAGGUGCAGCCCCCCGCGGCGGCCGGGACCCCGCCUCAGCCGUUUGCCGCGUACCCUCCGCAGACCGUGGCCGCCGGGCAUCUGCCGCCGGCCCAGCCCUCCGGCCAGCCCGACUACCUGCAGCACCUGGCCGCGGUUCAGCCAGCCGGCGGCGCCCCCGGGAGCGGCCCUGGGGCGUCCGGUCUACCUGCGGGCCCGAACCCCUCCUCCGCGGGAGCCCACUUGGUGGGAGGACCCUCCCAGGCCGGGGAGACGAGCGGCCCGGCCAUCUGCGCCCAGGGCGCCGUGACUCAGCUUCCAAUGGGCGGCGGCGGUCCGGGGGCCCCCGGCGGUGCCGGCCUGCCUGCGGCCGCGCCGGGUCCCAGCGUGCCUAGUGUGUCUGCGGCUUCUGUUACUAUGCCAAACGUCCCUGUUCCUCUGGCCCAGCCCCAGCUGAGCGGCAGCCACGCGUCCGGCAGCAGAAGCGCCGGCGGACUCCCCUUGAUGCAGGGCACGUCCAACGCCCCGGCCAGCCUGCCGCAGGCCGGGGUCAGCCAGUUUCAGACUCAGACGCCCCCUCUAGCCGGACAGGUUGAUGAGACGCGAAGAAAAUCAGAACCCCUACCUCAACCACCGCACUCUCUCAUUGCUGAAAGCAAGCCUCUCGUGAAGCCUCCCAUUCAGGAUGCCCUGGCGAACCCCCUCCUGCCCGCCACGACCCCCAUGAACAGUCUGGCCAGCUCUGUCUUCGGUAUUUCCAUUCCUGUCGAUGGCGAUGAAGAUAGGAAUCCUUCAACUGCUUUCUACCAAGCGUUCCAUUUGAACAAGUUACAGGAAUCAAAGACCCUCUGGGAUAGUGCAUCUGGGGCAAGCGUCGUAGCCAUUGACAACAAAAUAGAGCAGGCGAUGGAUCUGGUGAAAAGCCAUUUGAUGUAUGCAGUAAGAGAAGAAGUGGAAGUUCUGAAGGAACAAAUAAAAGAAUUAGUUGAAAGAAACUCUUUACUUGAACGAGAGAAUGCACUGUUAAAAUCUCUUUCAAACAAUGAUCAAUUAUCCCAACUCUCAACCCAACAGGCCAAUCCUAGUAGCACUUCUCAGCAGCAGACAGUGAUAGCACAGCCUCCGCAGCCAACACAACCUCCUCAGCAGCCGAAUGUGUCCUCUGCAUAAAGCGUCCUUGCCUCGUUAAGACAAACCUGAAAGCAGCCUGUCCUUGUGCCACUGGUGUUCUUUCCACUUUAGAUGACAGCGAGUAGCCGAGCUUCAGGUGUGUGUUUGGCCUUUUCAGUAUUAGACAAUCAUCCUCCAAGAGCGAGUCCUCACUUUGAGACGUCAUGCCGCACAGUUGGUGUCCAGUUGUUUGUCUUCGGGACCCCAGCACAGUCCUAGAGGAGGGUUAUGAAAGCCAGGAUCUGGUGCGCAUGAGCGGGCGGGGCGGCUCUCCGGCUCCCAUUGUCCAUGGAUUACCUUGAGCCUUCCUAUCUUGUUAUGAGUAACCAUUCAUCUAAAGAGCCACCAUUCUUUCAAUAGAAGUAACAUUUGCCUACAUUCGUUUUUUCAUUUCUUUGUGUUUUAUUUAUUACAGGGCUGCUAUUUUCAUAAUGUACAUGAACAAUGUCACAGAACUUUUUCUUAAUUUUUUAAAAAUAAAUGUAAGUAUCAGUAAAGGAGUUGAUAGACAGGAUUGCAUUUACUAGAUAAAACGUUUAGGCAAUAACUGAACAAAAGAAUCCUGGCAUAUUUCUAACACUAAUGGCAAUUUACCUUUGGUAUUUAUUUUAAGUAGUAAAGACCCAGCUUGAAUGUAAAUUUUGUAUAGUGUAAGUAUGAAGACCAUAGUGCAUCUGUACAGGUAGUCACCAGUUAUUGUGAUAUAAUAAAUAAUGGAUGGGCUAUUUUGAUGAAGAAAACUUUGCUCAUUUCUGUUUCUACUUUCUAUAGAGAAAUUGCCACGAUUCCUCUGCUUUUCAACAUUUCGUAUGACUUUUUUUUUGGGUGGGAAUAAAAAGCUGUGAAAUUGUUCAACCUCCUUUGUAACCAAAGAAGCAAAGCUGUGUAAUGGAGUUUGUUGUUUUUUAUAAUGCACAUUCUUUAUGUAUUUUUAUUUAGUGUUUUCUCAUUCACAAUUUUCUUUGCUGUCCAGCAUGAUCUGCAUGACCUGUAAUCUUUGAACCACUCUCGUACCUCAUGUUUUUAUCCAGCACUCUUAUUGUACUAUGUAUUAGUCUGUGAACAAUGUCAAAUCAAAAGAACGAACAGCUGGUGUGGGUGGAGCUGAGCUAGUGUGCCAUGCACUAGGAGAAAAUGAAGUGAGCCAUCUUUUGUUCAUUUAAAAUGGUGUUUUGAAUUUCGUAUGCAGAAACCGUUUUGUUACAUUGCAGAUUUUAAUGUAUUUAAUAAAUGCAACAUGCAGAUUAAGUGCAGUGUAUACUGAGUAUUUAAAUUAAAAAUGUACAUUUCAUAAAAUACAGUUUCAAGAGAAAGCAUCAUUUUGUGUAUACUAACACAUUAAGUGUAUGUCAGAAAUCGAUGUAUAAAUAUAUAUAUAUUUUAACACUUUUUCUGAAAUUAAACUGCAGUUUUGUUCAAAUAUUUGACUACAUGUGUUCAAAGUUUUGAUUGGACUUGCAUUUCACAAAAUUCAAACUGCUCCCUAAUGAGGCAAUAAAAAAUGGAUUUAAUGGCAGUUUAAAAACCUUUUUAUGUAUAAAAUUAUUUAUUUUGAUGUUAUUUCAAGGACUGUGAAAAGUAUUUAAUCCGUGUUAACAUUUACUUUGAUCUCACUUGAAUUGGAAAAUCCUUCCUUGUCUGCCUUGACUUCCUCUGACUCCUCCUUGAAUGUGGGAAGACCAGCCACCUAUAAGAACAAAAAUGAUGGCCACAGAAUUGUUGUGUGUAACUAAGCAAUCUUAAAAGAAAAGGGUGUUCUCCAUUGUCCUGGGAUAAGAUUAAUGAGAUCUUCAUUAGAGCCAUAGACUAAGAUGUUGAAAGGCCAUCCAUCCAACUCAACCACUUCCUUGCAUUUCAGGAAACUGAGGCAUGGGAAGAUUAUGACUUGUCUGAGGUCAUACAGGAGAAUAAUCUUCCCUUGAUGAAAUUAUUGCAUCUGACCGUUUCUACCCAGAGGUUUGUAUAAAACUAAAUGACAUUCUUAGCCUUCUUCAUAGGCUGAGGAAGAUUUGAGUGAUGGACCAGAGGAAAAUAGUCUUGGUUUUUGUUUGAGUUGAGGAGGGGAGGGGGUUUUCUAAAAAAUGACAGUCCUUGAAAUGCUUUUUACUUAAUAUUUGGUACUUUAAAGCUAGGUAAAUGUCUAUGCAGCAAAUCUUUGAUGUAGUAAUAAUUCUGUUUCUGGGCUCGUUUAGAGGGUUCUUUUGGAAGAAUUAAAGGAACACAUUCGCCAAGUGGACCUAGUGAUAAGGUACUUCCUACUCAUGAGGCAGAAUUAUUACUUGUACUAAGGCUCUGGCACAUCACUGAGUUAUUUAGCUUCUUAAAGUAUAAGGAAAUCUCAUUUAAGUAGAAGAAAACAACCCAUACAUCCCACAUUGGUUAUCAGCUUGUCUCCUUGGGAGAUGACUUUCAUGUAGUGUACACGUGCUAACUGAAUCACUGUAAAUUUUCACCGAAAUGACUAAGCAUCUUAAAGGCGAGAGCUGCUCACCUGGGUUGAUGCAAUCCAGGUGAGUACCAAGGGUUAUGGCUAAGGACAAGAAUUAACUAAUGUGAACUGUUUGAGAAUGAGAGGAAAUGGCUGACACUAGAGGUUUCACAGAGAAUCUGAAAAUCAUGAAAAAGUUAAGUUAGGUGGAUGUAAGAAUUUUUAUGCAUGAAAUAGCACAGUUUCAGGUAUUCUGAACACUUCAAUCUAGUUUAUAUGGCACUGAACUAGGUUCUCAGGAUACAAAGUCAAAAUCCCUACCGUGAAGGUUGUUCCAAUAGUAGAUUUGCCUUCUGUGUGCAAAGGUCUCCUGUAGGAAUGCGGUCCUGUGCUCACUCCCCCCUCUGGAAAUACUAAGACUACCCAGAAUGAAGGGUCUACUCAGGACUGCAUGGAACAAAACAUGGAAUGAGAAUGUAUCUUUAAAAAUGUUGCUUGUAUCGUUAAAGAAAUGUUUAUAAAGUGCUAUACAAAAAUCAGCUGCUGUGUUUGUCACCCACACAAUAGGCAUGUCCUUCGGUCAGACCUUUUUUUUAAUGCAUCUGGAAUUUCAGUAGUUGGUAACACCUUGUCACAAUUUCUUCUGUAUUAGCUCUGUGGGGUGCUGCAUAUAUUGACUUUCACAUUCUAAGAAGCUACCAUCUUAGUAUUUAAGGCAUAACAAUAGUCUUUCUGCCUCUUUCCGUCUUCAGCAUGGAAUUUUAAUACUGCUUAAUCUUAAGGAACUGGCAAUACUUUGUAAGUUGGGCCAAUCAAAGUGUGACAAAAUACUUGAGUAGAAAAUUGGGUCUCAGGGCUUUUACUUGUCAUCUGUCAAAAAUGGUAUGU